AUGCUUCAGCAUAUUGCCACCUCGGCGACACAACAAAUAUCGCGAUACCUUCAAGCACCACUCACAUUUCUCGCUUCACUUAUCACAUUCGCAAAAAUAACCACCACUUCUGAAUCGUUAACAACGCGUAUUCGUCGUAUUCCAUUGUCACUUUCUCUGCGCGAGAAACCAAUUUUACCCCGAAACCGGAUUUACAUCGAACUUAAAAAGAAACCAAUGGCACAAAAACGCGUUAAUAAGAAGGCUGCGUUGCUUGAAGAUGCUGAACGCGAAAUGUUACGCGCUGUUCAGACUCCUUUGAAGUUUCGAAUGGUUAGCAUACCGAAGAAUUUUGUUGAUAAUAAAGUAGGAGAAAAAAAAGCAAAGACUUUUGAAAUUAGUACUGUGUCGAAUGUUUGGGGAGCUGGCAAAGGAAUUUUUGUACAAUCUUUUGAUGAUCUUGCUCAGAAAUAUCAAGUUCAUGCUAUAGAUUUAUUGGGAUGGGGACGAAGUUCAAGACCAAGAUAUUGUGGCGGGGAUAAUCCUAAAAAAGCUCAAGAAUGGUGGGUCGAGAGCAUUGAAGCUUGGAGAAUAGCAAUGGGAAUUGAAAAAUUCACAUUAGUAGGACAUUCAAUGGGUGGAUAUGUAUCUGCAUCCUAUGCUUUAAAAUACAGACAACAUCUCGAUAAACUUGUGUUAAUUUCACCGAUAGGUUUACAAGGCUUCACAGUACCAACCAGCAUACUCCCUUCAUUCGCUCACCAACUCUUAAUAUCCUCUGCGUGGAGUUUAACACCACAACGCAUAGUUAGCAUGUUACCACGAAAACGCAUGAUCUCAUUCAUGUCAAGUGCUAGAUCUGAUUUACUCGAAGCAUUCCCGUAUCAAGACAAAACAACAAUACACUAUUUUUACAAUUUAGCGGUGCAAACACCAAUAUCCGGGGAAGCGGUAUUCAAACGACUGGGCUCACCAUUAAAAGGAUGGCAUUUACCGUUGAAGGAUGAGUUGCAUUUGUUGGGUGAAUUACCGGUGCAAUUUGUGUAUGGUGAAAAUGAUUGGAUGGAUCCGACGUUCAGUCUUUUCGAAAUUAAGGCGAAGAAUUUGUUGCCGAAUAAAACACCACCCAACGUGCCAGAAGACUACGGUAAUAACCUACAAGGGUGGGUGUUGUCUAUCGCGUCCGGGUUAGCUUGCUGUCUGGGAGCUUCGGUGGUGUUUUCAGAUCUGUUCCUACAACGGUUCUUUCGCACUCAACAAAUCACGCAAAACACAGAUCUUUUGGUUGCCUCUUUAUCACUUGGAUCAGGAGUUUUGGCAUUCUCUAGUCUCUACAAUCUACUACCAGAAGCCAGAAUGUACGCGGAUGCAUCGCGUUUAUUUAGUCAAUUCUCUGGGUUCUACGUCCUCGGAUUCUAUUUCCUGGGAUCAAAUUCAUUGGAAGAUACUGAAAGAUCACCACUGUUGCUGAAGAUGGAUCGUCACACUAAAGAAGAUGUAAAGCUUGAUAAAAAUAAUAGCGAUGAUGGAGACGGAAGUCUUCAUGGUCAUGGACAUAAUCAUCAUUUUCCACACUUUUCUAAACAAAAAGAUUUGGAAGAAAAUAAAGGUCUAAUAACAUUCAUAACAUCACAAGCAUCCCCAACACUAGGAUUCGCAUUAUUCCUAGCAAUUGCAGUACACAAUAUCUCCGAGGGUGUCACAAUCGCACUGCCCCUAUACGUGGCUACCAAUUCACGAAUAAAAAGUUUCCUGUAUGCAAGCCUGCUGGGUGGGCUGAGUCAACCGUUUGGUGCGUUUAUAGGUUGGGCGUUUAUUCAUGAGAGUUAUUUGGAGCAUUGGGAUGUGAAUGCGAUGUAUAGUGGAGUGUUUGCUUGUGUGAGUGGAUUGAUGAGUGUUAUUGCUAUACAGGGUAUGCUGCCGCAAGCGAUCAAAAAUGACACGUCGGACGGGACAUUAGUCAAUGUUUUCUUUUUUUUGGGCGUGCUCGCGAUGGGAUUGAGCUCAGCAUUAUUUGCUAUUUGA